ACAAACUGGGACAAUCAGCUGUCGAUUGCUUGUGGAGACUCUGCUUCUGACUUCCAUUCACUCUAAGGGUUCCGCAGACACAAUGUUGUCCCAAUCCUCGCUCCGUUUGGCCUCGUUCGCCCGCAUCACGGUUCGACGGAACUUUGGCCUGGCCGCUCCCUUGGCUCAAAAAGCCAGUGACCCCAUCCAGCAGUUGUUUGUGGACAAGGUGCGCGAAUAUGCGGACAAGAAGACCAAGUCCGGCGGAAAAUUGGUGGAUUCCGACGCCAAAGUCGAGGCUGAGUUGAACAAGGAAUUGGAAAAGGUGGCUGCUCAAUAUGGUGGUUCGAAGGGUGAUGACAUGACCAAGUUCCCCGAAUUCAAGUUUGCCGAACCCGUAUUGAGUGACGUUGACCUGAAGUAGGAUGAGCUUCUCGAGGAUCUCCUUGAUCGUGUUGAAUAACUUUUACGCAAAUGAAACUCUCACCAUACAUAGUCUUCGGCCUCGGAGUCAGUCUUGAUUCCGAGACGUCAUGAUUAAGAAUAUAAGAUACAAACUUG